AUGACCAGCUGUGUGAACCAUGAAGCCUGGAGGUGGACAAGUAGUAAAGCCUGUGAGAGGGCCCUGCAAUACAAAAUAGGAGAGAAGAUUCAUGGGUUCACUGUAAGCCAGGUGACACCUAUUCCUGAGUUAUUCCUGACUGCAGUGCAACUCAGCCAUGAGAACACAGGUGCUAGAUAUUUACAUCUGGCAAGAGAAGACAAAAAUAAUUUAUUUAGUGUGCAGUUUCGCACCACUCCAAUGGACAGUACUGGCGUUCCACACGUUCUUGAACAUACAGUUCUCUGUGGUUCUCAGAAAUAUCCAUGCAGAGAUCCUUUCUUUAAAAUGUUAAAUAGGUCACUAUCGACGUUCAUGAACGCCUUCACAGCUAGUGAUUAUACUCUGUAUCCAUUUUCCACACAAAACCCCAAGGAUUUUCAGAAUCUCCUUUCAGUGUAUUUGGAUGCAGCCUUUUUCCCAUGCUUACGGGAACUGGAUUUCUGGCAGGAAGGAUGGAGACUAGAACAUGAGAAUCCAAGUGACUCCCAAACGCCCUUGAUCUUUAAAGGAGUUGUCUUUAAUGAAAUGAAGGGAGCAUUUACAGAUAAUGAGAGAAUCUUCUCACAGCACCUUCAAAAUCGUCUUCUUCCUGACCACACUUACUCAGUCAUCUCCGGUGGCGAUCCAUUGUGCAUUCCCGAUCUUACAUGGGAACAGCUGAAGCAGUUUCAUGCUACUCAUUAUCACCCGAGUAACGCAAGGUUCUUCACUUAUGGUAAUUUCCAGCUAGAAAAACACCUGAGACAAAUUGAUGAAGAAGCUUUGAGCAAAUUUCAAAAAAUCGAACCAAGUACCUCAGUGCCAGCUCAGAAGCCUUGGGAUAAGCCUAGGGAAUACCAAAUAACAUGCGGCCCGGAUUCACUUGCCACAAAUUCUUCUAAGCAGACAACUGUGAGUGUCAGCUAUCUCUUACCAGAAAUCACUGAUAUAUUUGAAGCUUUCACACUAAAUCUUUUGUCUUCACUCUUGAUUGGCGGACCCAACUCUCCCUUUUACAAAGCCUUAAUUGAAUCUGGACUCGGCACAGACUUUUCUCCUGAUGUUGGAUAUAAUGGCAGUACAAGGGAGGCCUUCUUCAGUGUAGGCCUACAAGGGAUUUCAGAGAAAGAUAUUCAGACAGUUAAAAACAUUAUUGAUAGGACAUUUGAUGAGGUCAUUGAAAAAGGAUUUGAAGAUGACCAAAUUGAAGCUUUACUUCAUAAAACUGAAAUCCAAUUGAAACAUCAGUCUACCAGCUUUGGACUCAUGUUGACAUCAUUCAUAGCUUCUUGCUGGAAUCAUGAUGGGGACCCUGUGGAACUCUUGAAAUUAGGAAAUCAAAUGGCUCAAUUCCGGGAGUGCCUUAAGGAAAACCCAAAAUUUUUGCAAGAAAAAGUAAAACGAUAUUUCAAGAAUAACCAACAUAAAAUGACUUUAUCAAUGAGACCAGAUGACAAGUAUUACGAGAAGCAAACACAAAUGGAAACAGAAAAACUGAAGCAAAAGGUCAAUUCUCUUUCCCCAAAAGAUAAGGAACAGAUAUAUGAAAAAGGUUUAGAAUUAAGAACUCAGCAAAGUAAGCCUCAAGAUGCCUCAUGUCUACCAGCUUUAAAAGUUUCGGAUAUCGAGCCUACCAUACCUUUUACUGAGGUGGAUGUAGCAUUGUCAGCUGGAGAUAUCCCUGUUCAGUACUGUGCCCAACCAACCAAUGGUGUGGUAUAUUUCAGAGCUUUUUCUAGUUUGAAUACACUUCCUGAAGAGUUAAAACCCUAUGUGCCUCUCUUCUGCAGCGUCCUUACCAAACUGGGCUGUGGCAUUCUUAACUAUCGAGAGCAAGCUCAGCAAAUACAGCUGAAAACAGGAGGAAUGACUGUUUCUCCCCGUGUGCUCCCUGACGAUUCCCAUCUAGAUACCUAUGAGCAGGGUGUGCUUUUUUCAUCUCUCUGCCUGGAUCGAAACCUACCUGACAUGAUGCAUUUGUGGAGUGAAAUCUUUAACAACCCGUGCUUUGAAGAAGAAGAGCACUUCAAAGUGUUAGUUAAAAUGAGUGCACAAGAUCUGUCCAAUGGAAUUUCAGAUUCUGGUCAUCUCUAUGCAUCCAUCAGAGCGAGUAGAACCCUCACACCUGCAGGAGAAAUACAGGAGACUUUCAAUGGAAUGGAUCAGGUCAGGUUAAUGAAGAGAAUUGCAGAAAUGACAGACAUCAAACCAAUCCUCAGAAAACUCCCACGUAUCCAGAAGCAUGUCUUAAACGGUGAUAAUAUGAGAUGUGCAGUGAAUGCUACUCCUCAGCAGCUGUCUCAGACCGAAAAAGCAGUCGAAAGCUUCAUUAAAAACCUCAGUCGAAGUAAAAAAGAACGAAAAUCUGUUCGUCCGCACGUGAUUGAGAAACCUGCACAUACCAGUGCUGGACAUACCGGAUCUAGUGGAAGUACACAUGUUAAUGGCGCUGAAAUGAUAAGAAAACUUAUCACAGAUCCUACUUUCAAACCUUGUCAGAUGAAGACACAUUUUCUGCUUCCUUUCCCAGUGAAUUACGUUGGUGAAUGUGUUAGAACCGUUCCCUAUACACACCCAGAUCAUGCCAGUCUUAAGAUCCUUGCACGUUUGAUGAGUACUAAAUUCUUACAUACAGAAAUUCGAGAGAAAGGCGGUGCGUAUGGCGGAGGUGCCAAACUCGGCUAUAAUGGACUAUUCAACUUUUACUCUUACAGGGACCCAAACUCAAUAGAAACUCUCCAGUCUUUUGGAAAAGCUAUUGACUGGGCUAAAUCUGGAAAAUUCACUCAGCAAGACAUCGAUGAAGCAAAACUUUCCGUGUUCUCUGCUGUGGAUUCUCCUGUAGCACCUUCAGACAAAGGUAUGGAUCAUUUCUUGUAUGGACUCUCUGACGAGAUAAGGCAGGCACAUAGGGAGCAACUCUUUGCUGUCAGUCACGACAAACUUAUCGAUGUGAGCAAUAAGUACCUUGGCAUUGGAAAACGCACACAUGGGUUGGCUAUACUUGGACCAGAGAAUGCAAAAAUUGCUAAGGAUCCCUCAUGGAUAGUAAGAUAA